GCCAUAUCGAGACGGUGUUCACUUCUCCGACCAUUGAACGCAGCACGUGCUACUGACUCACGCUUCUUUGGCUUGCUCUUUCGAUAUCUUGGCGGGAACGAUAUAUCUGGUCCUCAACCUCAGUCCUUCAAUACGUAACCUUCGGACGUAACGAGCGUGCAGGAAAGAGGUAAUUGAAGCGAAUUGAGAGCCGCCUACGGUCUGCAAAUAUGGAUCUCGUCAGUGGAAUGAACGAUCGCCUGCUCUUCGCAGUGCCCAAAAAAGGCCGCCUCCACGAAGCAUGUCUAGACCUGCUUUCCGGCUCGGACGUGCAGUUCCACAAGCACAAUCGACUGGAUAUCACUUUGGUCAAGAACAUGCCCAUGGCUCUCAUCUUCCUCCCGGCAGCAGACAUUCCCACCUUCGUCGGUGAAGGCCGAGUCGACCUGGGAAUCACCGGCCGGGAUCAAGUCGCCGAGCACGAAGCAGCUGUCCCACCUACAGAGAACACUGGCGUGGAGCAAAUUCUGGACCUGGAAUUCGGAAAGUGUAAAUUGCAGGUUCAAGUUCCGGAAAAGGGCGAGAUUCAAACUCCGGACCAAUUGGUUGGGAAGAACAUUGUGACGAGCUUCACGCAGUUGUCGGAGAAUUACUUCCGAGAUCUGGAGAUCAAGGCAUCGAAACAGAAUGGUGCUUCUGCGAAUGGAGAGGACGCCGGCAAGUUGAAGACCAACAUCAAGUUUGUCGGCGGAAGUGUGGAGGCUGCUUGUGCAUUGGGUGUCGCGGACGGUAUCGUCGAUCUUGUUGAAUCCGGCGAAACAAUGCGCGCCGCAGGCCUCAAAGCAAUCGCCACAGUUGUCGAAUCCAGCGCCAUCCUCAUUCGCUCAAAACACCCCUCCGACCCAGCCCUGGUCGAGAAAAUUGCCAAACGCAUCCGCGGAGUCAUCACGGCCCAGCGAUACCUGCUCUGCUCGUACAACGUGCCCAGCAAGAGUCUCGAAGCGUGCCUCAAGAUCACUCCUGGACGCCGGGCGCCGACGGUCAGCAAUUUGGAGGGAGAGGACUGGAAGGCAGUGUCGGUCAUGAUUGACAAAAAGACUGCAUCAGAUGUCAUGGAUGAUUUGGCGGCGCAGGGGGCGGAUGACAUCCUGAUCUCGAAGAUCUUGAACAGUCGGACGAGUUAG